GUGUUUUUUCUUUAUCACGUUAUAAAUUCUUAAAAUUGUUUGAAGGUUUUCACUUUUUUUUUCAUUAAGUUUUCAAUUGAGUUAAUUGGAAAAGAAUUGGGUUUCUUCCUCAAAAAUUCAGAAACAAGAACUAGAAGAAAAUAUGUUAUUGAUGGUAGUUUUUUUAUUUGUGAUAAAUGUUUUGAUUUAUAUAUAUUUGUUGUGUUUUUAAAACAAGUGACAUACCUUACCAGUUACCAGCAACUAAUGAAAAUAUGAGGAAGUUGUUUACACACAAGUGUGUGUGUGUGUGGGUGGUUGAAUUGAAUGUGUUAAGCUUGAAAGCAGAAGGUUACGAGUUCUGUUGUUUUUUUAGCAAUAUAAGGUGACAUUGCCAUUGCUUGAUUAAAUGAGAUGUAGAGGAAAACUAUUUAUCACAAAUUAUUUUUGUUAUAGGAAAUUGAUCCAUUAGUUUGUUUUGAUAAAGUUAUAAGAUGGCAUCAAAUGGUGAAAAUAUGGACGGAGGAAUGACUUUUAAAUGGACCGAAAAUGACCAUGAAAAUAUUUUUUUGAGCUCUGUAUCAAGUUCAUUAGGAAGAACGGCCGUGUAUCAUUUAGAUGGAAGGAGAUUAAUCAAGAGUUUGAAUCUAUCAUUAAGCGGAAAUGUGUGGACAAAACUUUGAAAAAUAAGUAUGAUUAUAUGAAGAAGGAUUGGCGAUUGUGGAAAUUUUUGAAGUUUGGAGAAACUGGCUUAGGAUGGGAUCCUCUUACAGGAAAGCUUAGUUGUUCAGAUGAGUGGUGGGAUAGAAAGAUUAAGGAGAAACCCGAGGCUAAAAAGUUUCGUAAUAAGUCAAUAGAUCCUUCACUUGAGGAAUUAUAGAAUCAACUAUUUGAAGACAGUUAUGCAGAUGGGACAGAGAAUGUGGCACCCUCUAUGGAUCCUAAUUCUGUUCGACCUGUGAAACAUUUGAUUGUGAAUGUUGAGGAUGAAGAUGAUGAAAGUGGCGGAGAAGAUAUGAAUCAUUAUGAGAGUGGAAAGGAUGUUUAUGCUGAAUAUAAUCGUUAUGAUCCUCGUAUCAAGGACUUAUUAAAUAAUGAUAGUGCAUUUUGGCCUGAUUUUAUGGAAGGGAGUAGCGGCCAAGUGCCUACCCAAGGUGUUAGAGCUACCCAAGUAUCUAGUCAAGGUGAUGAAGCUACCCAAGUACCUGCCAGACGUGUUGAAGUUAACCAAGUACUUAGCCAAGGAAAUGGUACAAAAAAAACUGCAUUUACUCCAAAGGUGGCUAAGAAAAUCGUCAAGGAAAAGCGGAAAGGAAGACAAUCAGGAGGGGCAACAAAAUUAAGCAAUCAAAUAGAUGCCUUAAUAUCAAACACUAGCACUGCAGUGGAGCUAUUGAAUUCUGAUGACAGUUCGGGUAAACAUGAUAACGCUAACUCAACUGUUGCAGCUGCAAUCACAGUUAUUAAUAGGAUGGUUGUUGAAAACAAUCUAGAAAAAGGGAGUGCUUUGUGGUGUUUUGCACCUACUCUGAUUGAGAAUGAAGUGAGACGGGACAUUUUUAUGAACAUUGAGGAUGAUGAUGGAAGGAAAUCUUGGUUGAUGUAUAUGCAGGCUAAUCAGAAGUGAUUUCAAUUAGUGUAUUUUUAGUGGAUAUGUAAUAUUUAAAACUUCUAUGAGCAUCAUAUGUUUGAAUUAUGAGAUGGGAACUAUGUGUUUCCUUUUUUUUUUUUAA